AUGUCAUCCGGUGGGCAUUCAUCGGUGGUCGUUGGGGUGGUCGGAGUAGUCGAUGUGGUUGGAGUCGUAGGCGUAGUUGGCGUUGUAGGAGUUGUGGGCGUAGUGGGCGUUGUAGGAGUUGUGGGCGUAGUUGGCGUUGUAGGAGUUGUGGGCGUAGUUGGCGUUGUGGGAGUUGUGGGCGUAGUGGGCGUUGUAGGAGUAGUCGGCGAAGUUGGGGUGCUCUCAGAAGUCGGAGUAGGCUCUGAGCUUGGCGCUGAAGGCGUUGAAAUUGUUGUAAUGAUCCGCAAAAAGUCGGUUGUCCCUGUGGUCUUGGGAGCGUCGUCUCCCUUGCAGAAUCCACAAGUUUUCCGGCAUUUUCGUCGCAUUAUAUUUUUGUAG